AUGGAUCCAUUAGAUGGACAAGACGUGUAUGCAGCAGAAAAAAUUUUGAAAUCACGAACGAGAAAAGGAAAAACAGAAUAUCUGAUCAAGUGGAAAGGAUGGUCAAAUCAACAUAACACAUGGGAACCAUCAAGUAAUAUUUUGAAUGAAAACCUGUUCACGGAAUCGGGUUUUUCCGUACCAAGCGAUUUCAAAGGUGGAGCUCGAAAGGGAACUAGAAGGUCAAAUCGUGGAAGGAAACGGAAAGUAAAAGAAAUUUCCGAUUCUGAAGAUUCGGAUGGCUACAAUCAAAGUUAUGAUGAAGGUGCUAGUGAUACUCGUUCGGAAGGCUCAGAAACUUCACCAAGGUCCAGCAUUCAUUCAAGGCCCGAAACACCAAUAGCUCUAACAGAAGAACCUAGUACAGAAAGCAGCAAAUCCCCCAAAAUGCCUCGAAAACGAGGUCCAAAAAGUAAAAAGAUGUCAAACGAAAUACCGAGGACCUCCAUCCCAGUUUCAAAAAUCAACGAAGCAAAGAAUAACGAUGACAAGUUAGAAUUGAAAGAACUGAAGGAAGAAAAAUCGGAUAAAGAACAAGGAGUUGAAGAAUCUCCGAAGACUGAAGCUGAUAUAGAGCUGGAUAACAAGAAGAAAACAGAAAGCAUUUCUUCGGACACGAAAUUGGAUUUAUCAGGUACCGACAAAGUUGGGAAGAAUGAAGCUGCAUUAUCGGAAGCUGAAAUAUUUAGGAUCAUCAAGUAUGAUGAAAGUGGAGCAAUUGAAGAAGAAAACGCAAAAGGAGACGAAGUUAAACUGAAGAAACCUGAAGUUUUUGAAGGUCGAUCUGGAUCAGUACAAGUCGUUUCUAAUGGUCAAGAGCAAAUAAUCAAUAGGCUGGCAUUUGUUGUUGAGGGGACAUCUAGUUUGUCUCGAAGCUCGGAGCAGUUGCAGUUACACGACUAUGGAGACAGUGAUGAAAGCCGGAUUCGUGUAAUAGCCGACCAUUUAAAAAAUGAAACUAAAAUUUGGACAGAUGCUAAUAAUACGCGCUUCGAAAGUUUUCAAUACAAUGGUUCUCAUAUAAUCACCGAAGUAACAGUCAAUCAGCAUACUGUCCCAAUUAUUGAACUGUAA